AUGAAAAUCAUUGCACUUUUAUUUUUAAAAAUUUGCUUGGAUGUAGCAGUUGUGAGCGGUACAGGUGGGCGAGAAGAAGGUCAACUGAGAGGACAGGAUUCCAUACAAGAGAUUCCUUCAAAUACAUCAAAGUUUGAGAAACCGCAACAACUUCCAAAAUUCUUUGGAAUUGACUGUGAUGAAACGUUUCUCACGGAAAAUGCGGAAGGAUUGAAGAAGAAUAUCGAGGCUUUCGCAGAGGUAAAGAAGAGAGGUUUUAUGCCGUUUUUCUGCACAGGCAAACCACUGAGCUCAAUUCUAGCUUUACUAGGAGACGAUUUUGAGGCAAAGACCGGGUACAAAGGAUACCCUGGCGUGUAUAAUAAUGGUUCAAUAGUUUACGACGAGAAUGGUAAUGUAGUAUAUUCCAAAGCGUUUACAAGAGAGUUUUUAUCGACGUUUUUAAAGUCUAUAGAGGAUGGUAAUCUAUCUAAAAUUUGUACAUUCCACUCCAAAGACGCGAUUUAUUCACUGAUUAAAGCAGAGGGAAUGUGGAUAAAGUAUUUGGAAUCACAGGGCUUCUCAAUUCCAGAGGUUAAAACACCCCAAGAAAUUCAAGAGUUUGAGAUUGUAAAUAUAUACAUCAUGUGCGAAAACCUGAAAAUUGGUGACUUGAAGGAGGGUGUAGACUAUAUCGCCGUGAGGAGUGUAUCCGGGGUGUUUGAUGUAAACCCCGCUGGAGUUACAAAGAUGACUGGUAUGAAGACGCUGUUGUCCCGUUACAAUGAGUUCCCACCUUUUUGCGGAUACAUUGGUGACGGAGAUAAUGAUGUAGAAUGCCUGGAUGUUUGUAGCCAAUCUUUUGCGGUCGGAGAUGCGAAGGAUGUGGCCAAGAAGCAUGCCAAGUGGGUUCUGAGCAAAAGCUAUAAUGACGGAGCAGUUGCUGAAGCCCUUGAACUACUAUACGGCCCAUUAUCAGUUGCGUAA